UGGCUCAGGUGCCCUGCCGCCAGUGCGCCGUGGUGUCCAGUUCUGGACAGAUGCUGGGCUCCCGUUCGGGGAAGGAGAUUGACGCCAAGGAAUGUGUCCUGCGUAUGAACCAGGCGCCCACCCAGGGCUACGAGGAAGAUGUGGGCAGCCGUAGCACCCUCCGGGUGGUCUCCCACACCAGCAUCCCUUUGCUGCUCCGCAACCAGAGCUACUUCUUCAAGCAGUCCUGCGACACCACCUACAUCAUCUGGGGUCCUCCCAGGUUGAUGAGGCGGGAGAAGAUCGGCUUGGUCUAUCGCAUGCUGGCGAAGGUCAAGGAGAUGUAUCCGGCCUUGCGUCUCUACACGCUCACCGAGAAAAUGAUGGCCCACUGCGACGAGCUCUUCCAACUGGAGACGGGGAAAAAUAGGUGA